UCGGGUGACGCCGGAGCUUCGCUCACCGAAACGGUAGGCUUAAAGAGACAACAGCGAAGCCGGGCUAGUCUUUAGAGGGAAAUUAAAUCACUUUUCAGGGCAUAAAUAAAGGACCAUGUCGCGGCGUACUACAUAGGGAACUCGCACGCAGGUAUCCAGAGAAAGACGGACUAUAUUUCUCAUACCUGUUAAUGCUGGUUCUGUCUGAGUCUGCUUACAGCAGUGUUAGAACAUAAAGAAUGUUCACAGUAAUACCCAAGACUGACUUCAACAAAACCAUGAGGAGCACAAGGGGACGUUCACUUGUUUGGUUCCACUAGCAGGAAUUGUGUAUGUCAGUGUCGAGGAACGUUUGUGGGUGGAUGUGUGAGUGCGUGCGUGUGCGUCUGUAUGUGUGCGUAUGCUAGCAUAACCUGCCUGCUUCAGGCAGUGACAUGCUACUCUGAGGGCAACCGUACAGUACAGGAGUCCCGUCCACCGAAGGAUUAAUGCAAGGACGACGCUUUCGGUGAUACCCACCACGUCUGCGGAAGACAACGGUUUCUGCUCUUCAAAAAUCGCCAGUAUAUAGAUACUUUUAAAAACCCCUUCACCCGUUUUGUCUUUUCGCCACCAUCCCCACACGUUUCCUGGGGGUUGUUUUGAAACUUCUCUGUUUUGCAUGGCAGGGGAGUAACCGUGGAGAGGCCAGGGUAUCACAAGCUUAUGGAUUUUGAGAAGAGAGGUGGGAAGGGAGAGACAGAGGAAGGAAAAAGGAUGUCGAAAACAGCAAGUAAUAGGACUGGACAUGGGGGACGGGGAACGGGGAGCAACACUGGGGUCCUUAUGGUUGGUCCCAACUUCAGGGUUGGGAAGAAGAUCGGCUGUGGAAACUUCGGUGAGCUGCGGCUAGGCAAGAACCUCUACACAAAUGAAUAUGUGGCCAUCAAACUGGAGCCAAUCAAAUCCAGAGCGCCUCAACUCCAUUUGGAGUAUAGAUUUUAUAAACAGCUGGGUAAUUCAGAGGGAGUUCCUCAGGUCUUCUACUUCGGGCCUUGUGGGAAGUACAAUGCUAUGGUAUUGGAACUGCUCGGGCCCAGUCUGGAGGACCUGUUUGACCUCUGCGACCGCACUUUCUCCCUCAAGACCGUCCUAAUGAUAGCUAUUCAACUGAUAACACGGAUGGAGUACGUUCAUACACGGAGCUUGAUAUAUCGAGACGUCAAGCCAGAGAAUUUUUUGGUGGGGCGGCCGGGGUCUAAGAGGCAGCACACCAUUCAUAUCAUUGACUUCGGGCUUGCCAAAGAAUACAUAGACCCCGAGACCAAAAAACACAUCCCGUACCGAGAGCAUAAGAGCCUGACUGGCACAGCCCGGUAUAUGAGUAUCAACACACAUUUGGGAAAAGAACAAAGCAGAAGGGACGAUCUAGAAGCACUGGGCCAUAUGUUUAUGUACUUUCUGAGAGGCAGUUUGCCCUGGCAGGGCUUGAAGGCGGACACACUGAAAGAACGUUACCAGAAAAUCGGCGACACCAAGCGAGCCACGCCGAUCGAAGUACUAUGUGAAAGUUUCCCAGAGGAAAUGGCCACCUAUCUGAGAUACGUGAGAAGACUGGACUUCUUCGAGAAACCAGAUUAUGACUACCUGAGGAAGCUCUUUACAGACCUCUUCGACAGAAAUGGCUACGUCUUUGAUUACGAGUAUGACUGGGUCGGCAAGCCUCUCCCAACACCUAUAGGCCCCAUCCCCACAGACACACCCCAGCCAAGCAGCAGAGACAAAGCACAACCACAGACCAAAAACCAGGUCAUGAGCUCCACGAAUGGAGAGCUGAACACAGACGACCCAACCGCAGGACACUCCAACGCUCCCAUCACUGCGCCCGCUGAGGUAGAGGUGGCAGACGACACAAAGUGCUGUUGUUUUUUUAAGAGAAGAAAGAGGAAAGCUCUUCAGAGACACAAGUGAAGCGCGCUCUUUGAAAAGAACUUGAAACAUUCUGGUCACUGUUAAGUUUGAAAUGCAAGCAAAUACACAGAUCUCUCUCUCUCUCUGUCUUUCUUUCUCUCUAUCUCUCUCUCUGUCCCCAUCACACUUUCUUUCAUAGAUGCUUCACCACUUAAUGGAGUGCAAAGGAAUGAUGUUGACUGUCCAACAGACUCUGGUUCCUUCAAAAAAAAAAGAGAAUAAUGAAGAUACAUAAGAAGUGUAAAAAAAAAAAAGAAAAAAAGAAAUCAUGCAUAAACACUCAAAAAAGAUAUGAGAUUAAUUGAUGAUAUAAGACCACAGUGAUGCUGUUUGAAACAGUUGGUGUAUUCUAGUUUCCAUGCAGAGCGUUUAUUGUUCAUUGAUCAGGGGACGUUACAUCUGUGAACGGAUGAUUUCAGUUUUCUUAGAAAUAGAUCUUAUUUGUGAUUAAAAACGUGAGGGCAGGAGUCUCUGCACUGGGAAUGACACCCACCAAAUUACAAAAUAACAGGACACAUUUCAUCUCAACCAGACUCUGGAGUCUUUUUUUUUUUUCCCUGUAAUUUAAUUUUUUGAUUUUUUUUUUUUUUUUCUUUUUGAUUGAGAGGAAUCCUUGGGGUUGUAAAGCAGUUGUAGUGUCCUGAAAAUGUUUUCUUUUUGUCCUUUUGUCUUUUUUUUUUAAAUAUAAAUUCUUCCUUUUUUUUGUCAUUGUGGACUCUGUAGCACAGUUACUGGCCUCAGGUACUGUGGAGGAUGGAGAGACAAAUGGAUAUUAUUCUCUUGUCAUUGUUGUUAUUGCACUUUUGGAGAAAAAAAAAAAAAGAGAAGACAACACAGUGGGCUUGAAAUGAAAUGACGAGACAAAUGACAGACUAUAUAAACUGAUGUGGGAGCGCUCCCACACAGGGCUGAUAUCUGUUCAAGGACCGUUUAAGGAAAAGAAGAAAAAUAUGUACUUGUUUUAUUUCUCACAUCAAAAUUUAUUUACCAGGAAAUCAUAGUUUGUGCCUUUCCAAGUAAAAUGUUUAAAAUUUAA